UCUUUCUUCCUGUUUAAGCCACACUGUGCGAAAAGGAAACCAACCCAUCUGCUGUCACUGGCAAGUCACCUCAAGGCUUUCGGGAACGUGUAGAGAGAGACAGAGCCAAAAGGCAAAGAGUCCAAGAAUCUUGUGUGAGAAACGUCUGGGCGACAGACAAGAGGAAACCAGUUUAAAGGCAAGCGGCAUGGGAAAGCAAAUGAUUUGGUGUCUUGUCCUCUGCCAGUGCUUGUGGUUUUGGGGAGCACUUACAUUGGCAACUGUGCUCCACACUCUGCAGGAGCUCGAUAGCGUAAGCCCCUCGUCUGGUAACGAAAUAGUCACAGAUCAGGUUCAGCAUUCAAAAGUGCCUGAUACAACCACUGCAACUAUAGCUGAAACCCCGGAGAUCACUCAUGAUAAUGGAUCUACUCAAUAUAUAACAACCCAAGCCUUAAAACCAGAAUCAAUGUCUACCCAAGGAAUUGAGCGCUCUGAUCCAGUCCAGGACAAGAAUGAAAGUCGGACUACUCAUUACAUCAAGGACACCGAUUUAUUUUCAGUUCCUACAGAGAAUGGCACUACUCAAAAGGACACAGUUGUGACCUCUGCAAAUGAACUGGAAUCCACCACUGGUGUGAGUACGAGCCUCGAGCCAUCCAUUUCUACUGGGGAAGAUAAAAUAGCAGUUAUUGAUGAAUCAGAUAAAGAGGUGCUGUCUGGCUAUACUACCAAAUCCACUGUGCCCAUAACUUCAACCACCAAACAUGAUGUAACCAAGACCCAUGGUAUAUGUGAUGACACAGGACUAAAGACCAGUCAUGAUGGUCUUCUUACUACAUCCAUUGAAUCCAAUGAUAAAGCCACAGGCCCACAUUCAGGGAUCAAUCAUGGUAGGCACACAACUUCCCUCAAGCAAGAUCAGUCUAAAUAUAACCCCUACCUGAUAUGUAUCAUAUCAAUUUGUAUUGUCCUACUGGCACUUGCUAUCAUUUUCAUCCUGGUCUUGAGGAAGAAGAGGAGAAGCAGAUCUCAGAACUUCAGCAAGCGAGUAAAAAAGGGAGACAACAAGGAUGUAUGGGCAGGACAGAUGCCCGAGUUGGCCGAAGGGAAGGUGACAAUGGGUGCUGAUGAGCUGGACAAUGGCAUGGUUGUAUCACUUUUGGAAGAUGAGCAGGAGAUGACCACUUUUGUCAGUGGGGAGAAGAAGGGGGAUUCAGGAAUAGAGAUUAGAGAAGCAGAGGCUGAAGCAAAUAAGAAGGAGGAUGGAGAGGAGAUGGAAGACAAUGCAGAGAGCCCUGAGGCUCAGGAGGAGCAAAAGGUAACAAAGGAAGAAAAUCUGGAGGUGCAACCCAAUGGUGAAGUGGAGACGAAAGAAGAACAGUUCCCACUCCCUCCUGUGGAACAAGACUUGGUGGGCAAUGAGGACAAAGCAAUUUAGGGCUGAUGUAUGGAACAAUGAUCUGAAAAAUAUGAAAUUGACUAACAAAUCGAAUGUUAUCCCUGGAAAAAACAUUGCGCCUCUAUAUACAUGCUAUGGGAACAAGCAUUCGGCCCAUGUUAUGUCUCAAUAAUCGCAAUUAGCAAAGAGCGGACAUGUUUUUUUAAAUUGGACUUCUUAAUAAUAUAUAAUAAUUGCAGAUGUGAAGUUUGCCUAGAGAUUGUACAUAUUGUAGAUACUCGGCAGCAGUGUGGAAUGCAGCAUGACCACUGGCUGUGUACUAGAUGUAGCCAUUACCACUAUAAAGUAAAUGUACUCAUUAGCAGUACCGAGCCAAUGGGCCCUCUAGAAUAACUUUGCUAAAGGUACGAGUCAUAUAUAAAAUGUAUAAUAUCUGUAAAUACUGUAACUCCCAGCACUGCCCCAACUGACACAGAGCUGGGAGAUACAGUCCAUUGCCUGCUGGAGGGCUGCAGACUGCCCACCAAUAAUUCUAAUGUAGGCUUUCAUUUUUAUUUCAGUUGCUUCUGUGAUUGGCUCUCCGUUCUCUUCACUGCUUGUCCUACUACAGAAACAAUGUAGCAGAGAGCAACUCCAGUUCCCACAAUGCUUUGCGUGCUUCUGUGAUGCUCCUUUUCACAAAAAGCACAGCAUUGUGGGAACUGGAGAGCCGAUUACUGCAACAAUGUUUCAGUAGUCAGAACAAGCGGUGGAAGGAAUAGUAAAGAGAUAAUGCUAUGAAAUAGCUACAUGUACAAUAAACAACUCAGCAUUU